AUCCUCCACUUCUAUUCACCAACAACCCCAAACAUCAUGUCUUGAGCCUUACUCCCUGCUUUACAUUCCUACAACCCACACCCCACCUCCACCCUACCAAACAACACCCAAAAUGGGCUCCCUCCCGCCCCCGCACGCGCCCCUGCGCAUCGCAGUCCUCGAAUGCGGCCAGCCCCCCGACCCUCUAAAAGAGAAAUACGGCGGCUUCGGGCGCAUGUUCGAAGCACUGCUGCAGCGCGGCGCGCAAAGAGUCGCGGACAACGCACAUGAACCCCCAGUCGAGAUUGAUGUCAGUGUGUAUGAGGUGGUGGAUGCGGAGCACUAUCCUGCGCUUGACGAUGUGGAUGGGGUGUUGCUUACGGGGAGUAAAUACAACGCCUUCGACAAUGACCCAUGGAUCCUCAAACUCGUUGAGUUUACCAAGGAGGUCCUCGCGCAGCGCCGCGUGCGCCUUAUUGGCGUGUGCUUCGGGCACCAGAUUAUCGGGCGCGCAAUGGGAAUGGAAGUCGGGAGGAAUGAUGCGGGGUGGGAGAUAGCAGUGGUACCGCACACACUAACAGAAAAGGGAAAGGAACUAUUCGGGGUGGAAGAACUGAGCCUCCACCAAAUGCACCGCGACAUCGUCUUCCAGCACCCGCCCGGCGUCGAACCCCUAGCCCGCACGUCCGCCUGCGCCGUGCAAGGCAUGUACGUUCCGCAGCGCCUGAUAGCCGUGCAAGGCCACCCGGAAUUCAACGGGGAGAUUACGGCAAUGAUUUCGGAGAUGCGGUAUGCGCAGGGGAUUUUUGCGCAGGCGGAUUACGAGGAUGCCAUGCGGAGGGUGCAUGGGAAGCAUGAUGGGGAUGUGGUUGCGGGGGCGUUUGUGAGGUUUAUGUUGGAGUAGCCGUGCAUGGCGGCACGGUUUGAUGGGGAGAUUAAUAGAAGAUAGAAGAUAUUAAUGAAUUGACGCUCUGAUGCAUCGCUG